AUGCUGAAGCGGCUGAGGCUGCAGUGCAUAGAAUACAUCAUGGCAAACACGGGAUGGAAGAAGCACAACAUCAUGGCAUACAUCCAUUACCUCCCGAGCGUGUUCCAGCUGCACAUCCACUUCUGCGCACCCUACGGCUCCUACACCACCCUCGAUGUCAUCAAGGUCCACCCGCUCGACACCGUCAUCUCCAACCUGCAGAACGACAGCGAGUACUACCGCAAGGCCACCCUCACCACCGUCGUCGUCGGGAACGGAACACUGCUCGGGGUCUACGGCCUAAGUGCCAUCAGGAAUGACUUUCGGAAUGUGGAGGGACCGGAAAUAGAGCCCAUCCAGUGGCGGGAUUUCUUUGUGAAUCUCCGAUUCCAACAGUUCGUGGACAGUGUGAACAAUCAAGCUUCCAAACGGUUCACUCUUCCUAUCGACCAGUAUGUCAUCCUGUGCACCGUGCUCGACGUGGCUGACAUUGAUGAUGUUCCCGACUCCUUCUGGCUGACUCUGCGGGGCAAAUUGCAAGCCUUCCACCUCGACUACCGCAUCGAACACAUCAAGAUGUACGAAGAGGAGAUGCUAUAUUGGACCAAGAAGGCCCAAGACCCAUGGUAUGUCAGAUACUUCAAUGCGGAAAAGGAGGCUGAAGAAAUGAAGACUGAGCUGAUCGACGCCUGGAAAACCUUCCAGUCGCACCUCCGCUUCCUUCUGCAGAAAAGCCAGGAGAGCCAUGCCGCCAACAUCGCGAGACAGAAGCGCCAGGCCAAGCACACGAUCCACAAGCACAUCAAGAAGCAGAAAACCGGCAAUUAG